ACUCCUUGUACAAUAAAUCAUCAUCAAACCACUAAAUAUUUCAUUCCAACCAGAAACACUUCACAUGUUUCAAUGGAUUUUAAUCUUCUCAUCAUCCUUCUCUCUGCUCUCUCACUUGUUUCCUCACAGUCACAAUAUGUGUCACCAGACCACUACUUCAUUAACUGUGGAUCAAACUCUGAUACCGAUUUCACCGGAAAAACAUUCAUAGGAGAUGAAAACCGCCCUAACUUUUCAUUCUCCGGUGGCCGCAAAGCCGUAAAUAACAACGCAGCAUGGGAAAUCUAUCAAACAGCAAGAGUUUUCACUAAGAAAUCAUCAUACGAACUCGAAGCGGAUGGUAACAACACUUUUGUGAUGGUAAACCUUCAUUUUUCUCCGUUUGUUUAUAAUGGAAUUGAAUUAUCUACUUCCAAAUUCGAUGUUUCGGUUUCUGGGUACACUUUGUUAUCUGAUUUUAAUGUUGGAAACUCGACUGUGAUCAAAGAGUUCAUAAUCCCAAUUGGAUUAGAACGGAAGUUCAGAAUUCAAUUCAAACCCACCAGUGGUUCAUCCCCUGCUUUUGUUAACGCAAUUGAAGCUUUCACAACGCCAUCUGAACUGUUCCAGCAUGGUGUCCUUUCAUCUCAUAUAUCAUCAGUAGGAAAGAUUGGUGAUAUGGAUAUCAUCUCAUCAUCAUCUUAUGCUUUCAACCCGGUUUAUAGAAUUAACGUUGGUGGUGACAAUAUAGACGUAGAUCGCGACAUUUUAAGAAGAAACUGGACACCAGAUGAUCCGUUCAUUGUCGAACCACACGAAGCGGAAAACAAAACAUUCGCAGGCACGCCUAACUAUCAGGAGCCUUUCGCUGCCAGAUAUGAUGCUCCUGAUGAUGUAUACAAAACAGCCAAAUGGUUGAACCCGAAUUCGUCGGUGCAUAAUGUCACAUGGAAUUUUGAGGUUAAGAAGAAUGUUAUGUACUUUGUUAGAGCCCAUUUCUGUGACAUUGUAAGCCCAGGCCUCUAUAGUUCUGAUGAUGCAUUCAAUUUCUUCAUUUACAACAAUUAUAAGGAGGUGAUUAAACCGGGUGAUAAGGUAAGCGCGCUGCAAGUUCCAUUUUAUUAUGAUUUUGUGGUGGAUUCGGUUGGGUCGGGGUUUGUGAAUGUUAGUAUUGGAGCGAUUUCUGGUAACAGUCAACCCGUGUUAUUGAACGGGCUCGAGAUCAUGGAGUUGUUGAAGAAUUCAGGUGUGGUUGAUACUUGGAACGAUGAGAAGAGUAGCAAGAAAUUGUACAUUGUGGCUGGAUGUGCAGUUGGAGGUGUGGUGUUUGUAUUGUUAAUAGGUUUCUUAAUCGGGUUUAAAUGCCGGAAAAAGAAGGCGGUGGGAGGGACGAAAACGGAUUCCAACGUGGUACCAUCGUACGGUCUGAGUUCAUACACGAGUAUGAAUGUCGACUUCUCCAUCAACAACCCGUCACCAAUUCCUAAUUUGAAUCUCAACCUUCGGUUCCAUUUUACGGAUAUAUUGCAAGCAACGAAUAAUUUCGAUGAGAAAUUGGUGAUUGGAAAAGGUGGAUUCGGGAAGGUCUAUAGGGGAACUCUUCCUGAUGGAAAGACAGUUGCAGUGAAACGAGGCGAGAAAGGACACGGGCAGGGUCGGCCAGAGUUCGUGACAGAAAUUAUGGUCUUGUCGAAAAUACGACACCAACAUCUAGUUACUCUAAUCGGGUAUUGUGACGAGAGAUCCGAGAUGAUACUCGUGUACGAGUAUAUGGAAAAGGGUACUCUUCAAGACCAUUUAUAUGACACGAAUAAAGAUGACGAGAAGCUCUCGUGGAGGCAGAGACUCGAGAUCUGCAUUAGUGCAGCUCGAGGAUUACAUUAUCUUCACACAGGGUCGGAUGCAGGGAUAAUUCAUCGUGAUGUUAAGUCAACAAACAUCUUGCUUAACGAAAACUAUGUAGCAAAAGUGGCUGAUUUUGGUAUAUCACGGUUGGAUAACUUGGAGGAAAGUGAGAUGGCUAUCAAAGGGAGUUUUGGGUACUUGGACCCCGAAUACAUAAGUUGCAUGAAGCUGACUCAAAAAUCUGAUGUUUACUCUUUUGGAGUCGUUUUACUGGAAGUGUUGUGCGCAAGGCCGGCACUUGAUAACAUGCUUCCUCCAAAGGAAGCAAAUUUGGCAGAUUGGGCAAUCAAACAAAUCAAGGAUGGGAUGGUGGAGAACAUAGUUGACCCGUAUCUGAAAGGCGAGAUAAACCCAAAUUCGUUAAGGAAAUAUUUGGACACAGUUGAGAGAUGUUUGAAGAAUACAGGAGAAGAGAGGCCUAAUAUGAUUGAUGUGUUAUGGGACUUGGAAUACGCGUUGAAGCUUCAACAGAUGGUGGUGGAUAGAGAGCCGUAUGAUGAUAGCACCAUGAACACAUCGUUGCAGUUGUCGAUGUCGAUGAUUGAUCGCUUGCCUUCUAAAUGUAACGAUGAUGAUUCUCAAGUGAACGAUUCAGGUUACCCGAGUGAUAGCCAAGUGUUUUCCCAGUUGAAGAUUGAGGACGCUCGAUAGUAAGUAAAUACAGUUGUUAAUACUUUUUAAUUUGCACUUGUUAUUUCUGUAAUAAGCAUUUAUUUAUUUAUCCUAAUUAGUGCAUGAUGUCAUAGGCUUUAAUCUUGUAUACCAUCUAAUCCGCUGGGUGUAGAUCCAAGUAGUCCACUUGUAUUCUUCUGAAACGUUAUUUAAGAAGUUCCUUUGAAGUACUUUUACCAUUAUUGCAA